GCGUCGUUUAUAAGGUCCUCGCUCGUUUAAGUUGAAUACAAAAAGCGUUUACUUGCUGAAUUAAUUUAGUAAGAAAACAGUUAUAGGAUAGUCUUAAAAUUAUUCAAGCAACGCAACAGGACAGAACGCUCGCGUUUUAAUUAUACACGCGUCUUGCUCGCGUUUUUGGAACGCCUGAUUCCAUACAGCCUCAACCAGAAGAGCACUUCAAACCGGUGAUGGAGUGGAGACCGCAGUCUUCAGUGGUUUAUGAAGCUGCUUACUCAGAAGCACAGAGAUGGAUCGAGAACCUUCCCACUUACUGGUUCUUAGUGCUUCCUGUGUUUGUCCUCGUCUCGCAGGCAGUCACUAAGAAGAAGUUUGUGAGCAGUAAUUUCCGGAGUUCUCUGGAGAAUGGACUUCUGUUGUGUGAUCUAAUAAACAAGAUCAGGCCUGGCGUCAUCAAGAAGCUAAACAGGUUAUCCACACCUAUUGCUGGCCUGGACAACAUCAGCCUCUUCUUAAAAGCCUGUGCAAAGCUUGGACUAAAAGAGGCCCAGCUUUUCCACCCAGGAGACCUUCAAGACUUCUCUACACGUGUGACUGUCAAGCACCAGGAGAGCAGCAGGAGGCUCAAAAAUGUUCUGAUCACCAUAUACUGGUUGGGCAGAAAGACACAUGCUGAUCCUUUUUAUUAUGGACCUUACCUAAAUCUAAAGGCUUUCGAGGGAUUACUUGGCAAAGCACUAUAUAAGACACUAGAGGAUUGCACAUCACUGCAGGGCAGUGUGCGAAACAGCUCUUGUAGAGAUAGCUGGUACUCAGAGAAAGAAGAGCUCUUCCCACUCCGAGACAGACACACGAGAGAAGACUCUCUAGACAGCCUCGACUCACUGGGCUCCAGAACUUACAGCACAUCCUCAGACGCUACACUCAAAGGAAGCAGCGAGGGUUGUGGAAGUGACCCUGAAGCAGAUCUGAGCUUCAUGAUGUCAGAAAAUAAAGAAUACCGCCGUUCACUGGUCAUAGCACCUAAGGCCACCACUCAGUACAAUCAGUUCCUGCCAACAAAGGACAAGCAGUCAGGCUACGUUCCAGCACCAUUACGCAAGAAGCGCGCAGAGCGAAAUGAUGACAACAGAAGAAGCUGGGCUAGCCCUUUGUACACAGAGGAUGAUGGCACUUUUACAAGUCAUGAGAGGGCAGGUUCAGACCCUUCAGCUAUCACCGCUCACCCCUCUUUGGCCUAUCAGUAUGAGAGCAGUGAUUCGGAUGCAGACCGACCGGAUCCCGACGUGGUUCUAGAUGACCUCGCUAGCCGUAGAUUUCACAGCCCCUCCCCUGUCGCUCCAACCAACUUUGCCUUACCCAUGAGCCACCUGGAGGCAACUGCUGUCCCAUGUACUACCAGGUCACAGGUGGCUGUCAGUAAUGUGUCCCGGCAGACACUGACCCAUCUCAGCAGUAAGUCACAGCCUCUUCAGAGGACUUACAGGAGACCUGCAUCGGCUGGUGUCUGCGUUUAUGAUGACUCUGAGGAAGAGGAUGAUGAGUUUGGCCAUGCCGAUCCUGUUCAAGAUGAUCUUUAUGCCCGUAAAGUAGGCCUGACGCCUCAGCCAUCUGUAACAGUGCCUUUUGAUAAAUUUCUGCCCAAAUUUUGGACACCUGAAGAGGAUGCACAUGUGAAGAAAAUCAAACUGGGCUCCCAGCGCCGGCCUUGGUACAGGAAGAUCCAAGGUUUCAGCCCCAAGAAGUCAGGUUCAUCCUCUGAAGAAUCAGACGGUGACAUCAACCCCUGGCUCUCUGUACCUACCUUCUCUCGCACUCAGUCUGAACCCCCUCCCUUUCACUCCCAUGCACCUGAAGGCCUCGCUCAGUCCAGCCUCACUUCCACACUCAGUUAUCAAACAAAACCUCUCACGGUUGCUCAGCAGACUGCUGGACUGCAUAAUUUAAAGCCCCCUGAUUUUUGGCCCAGACCAGACCCCACCUCUGGCCCCAGACUCGUAAAAUGUGCAAAGCGUCCCCUCCUUGGGCGUGAACACCCUAAUGACCCAUACAACGUUUCUGCCGACAUCCUGCCUGAUUUGGAAAAUGACGAUAUGUUCACACGUCGUACAAAAACCUUCCACUCAAGCGAUGACCUGGCCAAAUUGAAGUAUGGUAACUUCCUGUUGCCUCGCCGCCGAUCGGAGUCCGACGUCAUGGUGGUAAUUCAGCCCCGCCACGAGAGUGAACCCAUUUAUCCUGACGUUGAAAAAGACGAUGUGGUUUUUCGAAGGGUUCAACAGCAAAUCAGUCAUCGCCCCCUAUCUGGGGCCCCUGAUAACUACCACCCUGUUCCUAUUCCAGAGGCAUGGGCUUUGCCAGCAAAACUGCAGGCCAAGCUGAUAUGUGACCCAGUUGAACCCAGACAGCACAAACCCAAGCCAGAGAUUAAACACGGAGCAGAACAGCACCUGAAGGCAGAUGAUAUGCUACUUAGGAAACUAAGAGCUUCAAAUACCCAAGGAAAGGUGGAAAAAGAAGCUCUUGGUGUUUCUUUCUCUUGCAGUGAGGAAGAUCUGCAGAAAUGGCAAGCCAUCAGAGAGGCCAGCCGCGUGCGAUACCGGAAGAGGCUGAUGGUGGAGAGACUGCUCCAGAAAAGCUCUGGUAGUGAAGGGAGUAAGUCAGUGAGUGACAUGACUGAUGGUGAGAUGAACUUCAGCAACUUGCCGUUGGAGUUGCGAAUUGAAGAGAUGCAAAAGAUGCGUGCUCGCUUGAAGGAGAACGAGGAUAAGUGGCAAGAUGAUCUUACAAGGUGGAAGAAUAAGCGCAAGAGUGUGAAUUCUGAUAUUGUGAAGAAGAAAGAGGAGAGAGAGCAGAUUGAGCAGAUCACUUCAGGUGGCAUCAGGAAAUCAAAGACCUUCAAGGAAAUGCAGGAUGAGAGAGAGAGCCGACAGCAAAGCAACAGCAGGGACAGCUUUAACUCCAUCUCUGAUGAUGUCUUUGAAGAACCUGUACCCCGAAGCAGAACUCUGCCACCACGUAGCUACACCAUCGACACCCCUUACACUCCCGAGGACAAACCUUCAGUACCCUCCAUACCAUCUCUGAGAAAAAGAGAACCUGUCGCUGGCACUCUGGCAUCAGAUCAGACAGAUUUUCAUACAAGACGUGAUCGCUCCAGCCCAGAGAUCCCACUAAAAAUGAAUGACAACAUUGAGGAGAGCCAUACAACGACCCAAAGCCUUCUGGACGAUCCAGUUCCUGCGUUGUCCAGCAGCAACACCAGCCUGAUCAAACCCACCAGUGUCAGUAAAACCGGCAGCGUUCUCAGCAGCUCGGAGUUGAUUAGCAACACUAAGCCAGUCGAGAACUCCAGCGGCCCCAUUAGCUCUUUGUAUAAACCCAAUUCAAUGGAUACAAAGCAGUCUGGGCUGGAUCGAGUUUCUGCCUCCCUCCCCAGGAGCUACCAGAGAUCAGAUAGCGCAAGACUACCCUCUGUCGUCACGCCCAGGCCAUUCGGCACACAGUCCAACCGAAUCGGCUCCCUUCCCAGAGCGUUCACGGUGGACGACUCUCUUAAGCGCACAAAUGGAGAGACAGACAGACUCAAGAAAACUACAGUUUCCAACCGUUAUGCUCAGUAUAUGAAAGAAGAUGACGAUAUUUCCAAGGAAAGUCCUGUGCAAAGCAGUGAGGAAGAGGAGAAAACCCCAUCUCCUGUCCCUCCAGUCUACAGACUGUCCCCCCUGCCCAAAUCUCCAUCCCCGCUCAUCCCUUCUAAUGAGGUGGACUACAGUGAGAUGAGGAUCAGCCUGAACCAGAAACCUAACAGCAGCCGGGACUUUGGCUUUCAGAGCAACUGGGACUCCACGGGGGUCCGUGUCAAAUCUGUAGUUCCAGGCAGCCCGGCGGAGCUCGGUCAAGUGAAGGUUGGAGAUGAGAUCCUUACAGUGAACGGACACAUGGUGGCAGACAUGAGCUACACUGAGUGGAAGAACAGUCUGGAGGAGGCCUUGCAGCAGGGGAGUCUGUUUAUGGACAUCCGCAGACAUGGCAAGAAUAGUCCCUCUGAGCCAUACAUCAGCACCAGCCUGGAUUUCACAUCCCAACAAACCAAGGAUACGGUCGUGAAAACUGGGAAUGUCAGCUCACAGUCUGGCAAUAAUAAUGGUUUGAAUGGGAUAAAUGGUGGUUUCCAUGAGGAUUCAGAGGCUUCGAAUAAUAGAGAAUCCAUUACUUUGAAAAACUUAAAAAGGAGAUCAGAGUUUUUUGAACAAGGUGGAUCGGAUACGGCAAUAUCAAAUCUGCCCGUUCCCUCCAUCACUACAUCCACUACCCACUGGUCCUGGGACCCUGAAGAAGAGCGCAAACGACAGGAGAAAUGGCAGAAAGAGCAGGAGCGUUUGCUGCAGGAGAAGUACAAAAAGGACCAAGAAAAACUCGAUGAGGAGUGGAGAAAGGCACAGCAAGAGCUUGAGAAGGAGAACUUCAAAAAACAUGAGGAGGAGAUGCUGCGUUUAGAGGAAGAGAGGAGAAAAAGAAAGGAACAAGAGCGCCUUGAGGAAGAGAAGAAGAAAGAAGAAGAAGAGAGGAAAAGAAGAGAAGAGGAGUGGCUGCGUUUAGAGGAAGAGAGGAGAAAACAAGAAGAACAAGAGCGCCUUGAGGAAGAGAAGAGGAAGAGAGAAGAAGAGGAGCGGAAAAAAAGAGAACAGGAGAGGCUGCGUUUAGAGGAAGAGAGGAGGAAGAGGGAGGAACAAGAGCACCUCGAGGAACUGAGGAGGAAUAGAGAAGAGGAAGAGCGCCUCCUUCAGGAAAAAGAGAGGAAUAGAAGAGAGGAGGAGAGGAGGCGACUGGAAGAGCAGAAGAGAAAACAGGAGCAAGAUAAGGUGGACUCCUUUGGCUAUACCAAUGUUUACCCUCAAUUAUCCUACUCACACAGAUCUAUUUCCAAAUCAACUCCAGAACUUGAUGAGGUUGCAAAACCAGAUAUUAAAGGUGUGUACGGCAGACACAGGGGUUUGGCAGGAUGGCUGCUGGAAGAGGAACUGAGGCGAAAGAAAAACACUAAGAUCCAGAAAGAGCAGGCAGCAAGUGAGCUAGAGCUUGAGAGGAGGAGCAUCCUCAAUGCCAUGAAAUACAGAGAUCCAGAGAGAGCGAGCAGUGGUCUGGGUGAGUUCAGUAGAGACUAUAAGAAAGAGCCCCAGUCUCAGACUGAGGUGGAGAGGAUGCAGAUCCUUCAUGAAAUGAGAAAGAAGACUUCCUUGAACACAGACAACAGCUGGAUUCGCCAGCAGAGCGCUGCCAGUGUUACCGCCAAAGAACCAAUUGAUCUGCCCAUCAGGAGAGGCGAGUCUCUUGACAUCCUCGAUAUGCCUCAUUCCUCUUGGAGAUCAUCAUGGAGCACAUCUGACAGCACCUCGUCCAUACCAGACUUCAGCCGGCCUCAUUCGUCUCUCUCUGGCUCCUCGUCGUACCAGAGUGGUGGACGUCCAGGGUCUGCAACUCUGCAGUCAUCUCAAUCCAUGAGCUCCCUCAGGCAGCCUACACCAGAGCCAGAGCCUCGAGCUCCACCACGGAAUAGGUCAGUGAGUGGCAGGAAAAUAUGUUCGUCCUGUAAUACACCACUGGGCAAAGGAGCAGCCAUGAUCAUCGAGUCCCUGGGGCUCUGUUAUCAUUUGACUUGUUUCAAGUGCUUUAACUGCAGGUCUGAUUUGGGAGGCUCAGAAGCAGGAGCAGAAGUCAGAAUACGUAACCAACAGCUCUAUUGUAACUCCUGCUAUACUCGACUCAAAACUGGGCAGCCCACAGCCAUGUGAUAUUGCAGUACUGCAGCAGAUUGAGGAGGAACCAAUCACAGACAAGGAACUGUAAACACUAGGAACGUGUUGGAGAUGUGAUGAACAUUGGGUGAUUUAGCCAGCCUUGAUUAUUCAUUGAGCUUCUAUUCUUCUUUUUCACUUAUGAGAGGGUGAGAUUCCUAAGGUUAUGUUUAUUUGAAAGUAUUAGUAAUUGUUUGUACAAAAGGGAUGUGCAUGUACCUUGAAUAUGAGUUAUGCAUUUGAAAAGAUCAUCUUUUUCAUCAUCACUGAUUGAAUCUUCUGAUGACUUCUGGCUGGUUAACUGAUAUCUGUAUUUUCAUGAAAGUGUUUAUAGUAAUUAAUAGAAUGCUGUUUUAUUGUCAUUGCUUAUUUAGGAUUCUCCUGCAGUCUUUUCUAUAUAAGGGUUUGCUGACUAAAAUAUCCUGUUAUUCCACUUCAUCUGUGUGCCUUUUUGUGUUCUGAUGGGAAAAGAUGAUUAAGGAUAAAUCCAUUAAGACUUUGUUUAAAAGUAGGAUGGUUAGUAAGCAGCAUUCAUGAUAUACUCUUUCAUUGGUAACAUCUAUUUUAUGCAUCUGAGCUAUUUCUCUGCAGGGGGAAAAAGAUUAAUCUAGAACAAAAGCAGUGUACUCAGUAAUAAUUGUAAAUAAAAUUUUCAAACUAUUGUAACUUU